CAAGUGAUAUUGAACAUUUUUUUCUAAUCAGGAGACAAGCAGACCUUGUAUAACUAUGUAAGAGACGGAAUAAAUUUCUAAAUCCUUGAUCCAUAAAUAACUAAUUUGAAUACCUUGUUUCAAAACAAUGUUCUUCAAGAGUAAAUUUUUCCAUAUCUUAUUUUCCCAUUUAAAACAAAGGAACCGCUUCUUAAUAUUUGAUAAAAAAUAUGUGAUUUGCGUGAUAAUCAAACAAUUAAAAAAUCUGCUGAUUUAAUUGGUUCCAUUUCUUAGAAAGCAGACUUUAUCAAUAAACAAAUCAGAAGGACAUUUUUUUAUAUAUAUAUAAACAGAAAACAAUUUAGGGGUGUCAUAACUCUGAUUAUUUUUAUAUUAGCUGAAACCUAUCAAAUUUUUAAAAUGUACACUAAGUUUACUGUUGUUGCCCUUUUAUUGUGUGUUGCUUUAAAUGAAGUACAUAGCGGAGUUAUACUCGGCAAAAGAUUAGGUAGAAGUUUAACAGCAUGUCCUGAUCCCCUUAACCCAGGAAUAUUGGUAUCCGACAACGACAUUUCAGGAGGUCUCUUCGAAUCUAUCAACUUAAGAAUUCCAGAAAUAGGAUUGUUAGAAACGCCUAUUUCAUGCAUAUUGAUCGUUGAUAAAAAGAAGAGUUCAACUGACCCAAUUAUUGGUGCAGGAGGUGUAGGUUCUCCAUAUGUUGAAAUAAGUAUCAAACCAGGAUUCUUCGAAUCUCUUCAUUAUAGGAUUGAAGUGUACAGGAAAGCACCUGAUACCACGCCUGCCUCAACAGCAACAACUCUUUAGUUAAUAUAAAUACAUAUUUUUUAAAUAUUUUUUUAAUGUCCAAUAAAUUUUUGAAAUAGAAA